CAGCCCAAUCUGCCUUUUUCUGACCUAGGGCUGUCUGCACUUCCAGGGGCAUAGUUUAAAAAAAGAAAAUCACCCCCCUUAAAGAAAAAAUAGUCACAAGCCCAAGCCCGACAGUCCCCACUGAGGCUACACUCUCCUCGAUUGCAAUGAGAGCUUUAGCCAAGUAGGACCCAGAGAGUGCACGAGGGGCAAGAAUUGGCAACAUCCUGGAGGGGGAAACUGCCCUUGGGCGAGCUAGCGAGUCCUCUGCACUCCCCGCUCCAGCCUUCCCCUUCUUUCCCGUGGGGCUACUCCAGGGGUAGUGACCGGCCAAGCGGAGCAAGGGGCUCACAGUGGGCGGACCUUUGGGAGCAAGGCAAAGCCAGUUUCCUUUCCUGUCCCUGCCGGGGCCCGCGGCGAGCAGCCAGGGAAAGCAGCAGAGGUGUGAGGGGGAGGUUUGGGCGGGGGAGCUCCCGAGGCGUGGGGCGGGCACGGCUCAGUUGUCCUUGGCUGUAUCUUUAAGGCGCUGUCCCCGCCUUCUCCCCCCGGUUCGGGGGCCCGAAACACAGCCCUCCGCCCCUCCCCUAGCCUGACUGUGCGCGCCCGGGCAGCCGUCACGCCGCAGGUGCGGAGCGGAGCUGCACAAGCCGAGGCUGCUGCUGCACCGGGCGGGAGGGAGCUGCGGGCGCCGGAGCGAGGCAGCCCCUUGCCGCGGCCAGAGCCCGAGCCGGGCCACCGGGCAGCGAUCUCCCUAGGGGCGGCAGCGCGGCUGGGCGCGGAGCAUGUCUGUGGUGACCGGGGGCAGCGAGCCGGGUGCCGCUGGGGGAGGCGGCGGGAACCGGGUUUUCUUCCAGAGCCCCCGCGGUGGCGGUGGUCGCGGCGGCGGCGGCUCCUCCCGGGAGGACUCGGUCUCCGCCCCGGCGGCGGCGGCGGUGGUGCAGGUUCAGCAGCAGCGGCGCCACCAGCAAGGCAAAGUGACGGUGAAGUACGAUCGGAAGGAGCUGCGGAAGAGGCUGGUGCUGGAGGAGUGGAUCGUGGAGCAGCUGGGGCAGCUGUACGGCUGCGAGGUACCGCACCUGCCCGGGGCGCGGCUGGGAAAGGAGCGAGACUGCCCGCGUGCAGUGCCCGGGGAGAGCCCCCGGCAUGUGGGCGAUCGCCCGCUGCACCCCCUGGCCGUGGGAGACAUGGACACAGUGUGAACAGAGAGGGGCUCUCCCCUUUGCUCCCCCUCUCGGGUGUGUGUGUGUGAUUUCCCUAUGCUGCUUGUGCCUCUUCUCCCCCGCCCCGAACUCUACCUGGAGACACAUCGGGGGGCGGGGGUUA